AUGUGGCUGGGAUUUCAAAUUGUUUUCGGUGCUGGAGCUGGAAUGGGACUUGAACUUCCAAACAUUGUUGUCCAGACAGUUCUUCCCGAUAAGGACGUCUCCAUCGGGACAUCAUUGGUGGUAUUCGCUCGUUCUCUUGGGGGUGCCAUUCUUGUCUCGGUGGGACAGAAUAUCUUCAGCAGUCACAUCGUCUCUGGUAUCCAGGCUCGGGUUCCCGUGUUGAAUACCUCUAUCAUUCUACAGGCCGGAGCAACUGAGGUGCAGCAGACAGUGGAAAAUGCUGUUUUGGGCGAAGCUGACGAAGUAGUCGCUUUGGUCCUGGAGGUAUACAGCGGAGCUAUCAUUCAGACCUUUGUACUUGCAUUGGUCUUGACCUCCAUAUCCAUCCUGGAUGGAUCCAUGCUCGAGAAGAAGCUUGAUAUUCUUCACCAAUCCACCUUUCACCGCAAGGUCGACGGGCCGGUUGACUUAGACGAGGCCGGUUGA